UAUACGGCCAUCAAUGUGUUCCUACGACUUGGGACGGGACAUGUGAGAUGCUCGGUUGAAUUUAUCUUUUAGUUUUUGUCCCGUUGAACCGUAAAACCUGGGACAAGAUGCACGAGCGCUGUCUGCCCGCGGCUCCUAACUGGUACUGCUCCCGGUGCAGUGAUGUUAGCGAAGCGGGUUUGUUCGGGUUUGGAGCCAAAAACACGAUUUAUCUGGUUCAGGUGUCAGCCUCCAGUUGCAGAGUCACAGGUGAGCUGUUGGGCCACAAAGACUUGGUGUCCAGUUUCAGCUUCUGUCAUCACUCAGGACAAACACACAUCUGCGUCAGCUCCUCCUGCGAUGGGACAGUCCGAUUCUGGGACACAGAAACAAAAUGCCUCCUGAAGGAAACCUCAGUUCAUCAGAAGCCUGUGUCGGCGGUGCACUGGUCUCCAGCGGAUAAAAACCUGGUGUUGUCUGGAGAUGAGAAAGGUGUGGUUGUGUGCCACUGGUUCAACACUGGGGACAUCAACACCUACUUCCCUGAACCUCGAACCAUCUUCUGCCUGAGCUGCUCCCCUCACAACUGGAGCCAUGUGGCAGUUGGGUACAAAGAUGGGAUGAUUGUGCUGAUUGACAUAAGUAAAAAAGGUGAAGUUUUGCAUCGUUUGAGAGGACACGAUGAUGAGAUCCACUCCCUGUCCUGGAACCCAGAGCCUGGAGAAGGCGCCCUCUACGGCAGAACUGAGGACACUGAUGCAGGUGGCAGUGUUUGGGGAGAGGGCUGUUUGUUGGCCUCAGGAAGUAGAGACCAGACUCUGAGGAUCUGGAGCACCGACAGAGGCAAAAGUGUGAUGAUGCUGAAGCUGCCGUAUCUGAAGAAAAGGGGGUCAGUGAUGGAUCCUGGAGUGAAAGAGCGACUGUGGGUCAAUGUUCACUGGCCCAAAGGACGGAGAACACAUGUCAUAUCCAGCUGCUUCAGUGGUGAGUUGCUGCUGUGGGACUUGCUGAAGACGGGGAAACAGAAGUGGAGUUUGUUUGGGUCGAGUUCAGAUGGACAAAACCACAACAGAAUUGUGUUCAACAUGAGCUCCGUCCAAACACAAGAACAACAGCUGCUCCUCUCCACCUCCAUGGACAGAGAGAUAAAGUGUUGGGACAUGAGCACGCUGGAGCUGUGCUGGACCCUGCCCUCUCUGGGGGGCUUCGUCUACUCCCUCUGCUUCUCUCCGCUCGGGUCUGGGAGUCUUGCCCUCGGAGUUGGAGACAACCUGAUCCGUGUCUGGAACACGCAAAGCUCCAAACUGUACGACACACGCUGCUUCUGGCAGGGAAUCAAGUCCAAAGUCACCGCCUUGGCAUGGCAUCCACAGAAAGAAGGGGCACUGGCGUUUGGCACAGACGACGGGAAAGUGGGAAUUUAUGGCGUCUUCUCCAACAAGCCGCCUGAGAUUUCAAGCUCCUAUCACAAGAAAACGGUUUACACUUUGGCCUGGGGUCCCCCUGUUCCACCGCUGUCAUUUGGUUCCUCAAAGGGAAAGUCUGCCUUCAGUCUGUACAGCUGUGCAGGAGAAGGCACCGUUCUUCAACACGACCCACAUCAACUCAGUGGAGAAGCAUUCAAUAUCGACAAACUCAUCAAAGACACCAAUAAUAUUCAGCACAAACUGCCACUGCACACAGAUCUUAGCUGGAAACCAGAUGGAAAAGUUCUAGCCAUUGGCAACGAGGAUGGUUGUAUAGAUGUGUAUGAAGCCCCCAGUCUGAGACUCCUGUGUAGUAUCCAGCAGCACCAUAAGAUCAUUAAUUGUCUACGCUGGCACCACGGCCUCCACAGCCCCGAGCUCAGCGGUCUACUCGCCUCUGGAUCCAGCAACGCCAUAGUCUACAUCCACAACCUCAAACAAGUACUGGACUCCCCAGGGGACAGUCCAGUGGUGAUCUCAGAGCCCUUUCGGAGACUGUGCGGACACACCGCCAAAAUCACCGGAAUGUCCUGGAGCCAUCACCAUGACGAUCGCCUGGUGACUGUGAGCUACGACGGCACUGCCCAGGUGUGGGAUGUCCUGCAGGAGGCGCCGGUGUGUAACUAUCGAGGUCACCAUGGAAACCUGCUAUGUGUGAACUGGUCUCCUCUGGAUCCAGAUGUGGUUUGGACAGGAGGAAAAGACUUCACUGUUCAUGAGUGGAGAGUGUCCAAGCAAGAAUUUGAUAAGCCACCCAAAGGGAAGAAAAUGGUUGAGCUCAAGGAAAAAAAGAAGAAAAGCAAAGCCAAGAAGUCGUCAGCAGGUGGCGCUGUUGUCAAUGGAGAGUCUCCUACAUUUGCAGUGGCUUUAUCUGAAGAAGAGGAGGAUGAGACCAGCUCCACAAACGGCUCACUGCCUCCAAUAGCCCUCAGUGAAAGUUGGAGAAAACCUCCUUCUGCUGUGAAGAACAAAGAAAAACCAGAGUUGAGUAUGAAAAAGAAGAAGCCUCGUUCUAUUCUUCCUCUGAGCACGUCCAUGGACCAUCGACCCAAAGACGAGCUGCUCCAGGACUGCACCACUCUGGCCUCAGUCACACACAGCGCGGCCCCUGCAGGCUGCAUCCCGGGACAAGGGGAUCAUGUCCAUUUGGGUUUAUUCUCAGAUCGUGAGGCUUUGCACCGAAUGUUUGAGGCAGAAGAGGAGGCCCAUCUUGAGGCAGGACACUUCGAAUCUGCUGUUUAUCUGCGACUGUGGAGUGGUGACCUGCAGGGGGCACUACAGCUGGCCACAGAGAAAGGAGAGCUCAGUGACCACCUGCUUUCUCUCGCUCCGAUGGCUGGAUUCUGUGUGUGGAGUGCAGCCGUGGACUCGUAUGUGAAACAGCUGUGUCUCCAGGAGCAGUUUGUGAAAGCGGCGUCUCAUUUACUGUCCAUCAACAAACUGCAUGAAGCCGUAGACCUCCUGAGAUCUCACAGACUCUAUAGAGAAGCCAUUGCUUUGGUGAAGGCCCGGCUGCCUCAGGACGACCCGGUUCUGAAGGAGUUGUACCAGAGCUGGGCUGCAGUGCUGGAGAAAGACGGGCACUUCUCUACAGCUGCCAAAUGUUAUCUUGCAGCUGGCUCCAGUUUUGAUGCCGUUAAAGUGAUCUCCAGGAAGAAUGAGGUGUCUUCUAUUCGAGCGGCGGCGGAUGUGGCUCAGAUCUGCGGAGAAGCGACUCUGUUCCGGUCUCUGUCUUUGAGAUGUGCCAAAGAACUUUCCCAGGCUCAAGACUGGAGCAGCGUUCAAGACGUCCUACAAAACCAGGACGCUCUGCUGGUUUACAGACUACACUUCUCUUUGGCUGAGUUUUUGUUCCAGUUUUUGUCAGAAUCUGGAGCCUUUCCUGCCUCUUCUGCAGUGGGCAGUGGCUUGUGGGUGUCAGCAGACAGUGACCUCUCUUUUAUAAAACGAGUGGAGCGAGUUUGGGAUGAGCAGUUUAGAGUCUCUCGCACAUCAGAAGGACCUUGUGAUGUUAAAAGUUUACUACAAGAACUGAAGUCUGUAGAGAGCCCUCAACCAACAGCAAAUGUGCCACUGAAACAGGUUAUGUUGUUGUCAUCUCUACACCUCACUCGGGCGUUUUUGUGUUUCCUGUGUGAGGAAGAGGAGCAGACGAUGAAGGAGCUGUGGUGGGCCGUGUCCUCAGUCAAAGACACCGGGCAUUUCUUAGUGUUUUUGCAACUUUGUCAUCUACUGUUUCCUGAUGGCGACAUUGCCGUUUUUUCAAGUCAAAAGUCUUCAGACACACAAUCUGCUGCUGCCUUAAGUUUACAAUCAUUCGUCCGCUACCUCCAAAUGUAUGAACUCUGGUGGAGCAGCUCUUUGGCGAAUGGAGACGGGAUUGUCCAGAGUGGAGCAGCUGGGACAAAAGAGGAGCAGGAAAAAGAGUUUUCCAGACGAGAUUUGGGAUUUGAGGUGUUACUGUGUGAGUCAACCGCUGCUGCUCAGUCAGUGCAGAGAGCUGUGGGCGAGAUCCAGGACAAACUGAGCGCUCUGGUGACGAAACAUCAGACCCAGGGACAGGAGGGAGAGGAGGAGCGGCAAAAUGGAGUCACUAUGGCAACGCACAGACAAGAAACGACAGCGAAUGGAGAGGAGCCUGAGACGUUUCUGUCUUUGUCCAUGAAGAUGUCGCAGUAUCAGAAACAACUGUCAGACCUGCCAGACUCAGUCAAGGGCUUUCCUCGGCCUGAUGUGCUCGAGUGCAGCCUCGUGUUGCUGCUUUUAGGCAGGUCCUCUUCAGUUGUCUCUGAAACUCUAAAAUGCAAAUCCACAGACCUGCUUAGGAGAUUUGGGAUGAGUUCAUGUUAUUUCAAAGCUGCUCAAAAACUCACCUCAACUUAAACCAAAAAUACACAAACUUUGACUCCACCGCUUUUUCUUAUCACCGAAGAGACUGAUAAUUAUUUUACUAUUACACAUUUUGAAUGGCAUCUGAUUGUUUUUGUAAAAGAAUGCAUCUCUGUGUGUUUGUAUCUGUAACAAUAUGGCAGUUAAAACUGUUUGGACAUUGGCUCCAAAAUGUAACGCCCGUGAUAAAAUAUUAAACAUGAUUUAAACAUUUGAAAUGAAUGGAGUAUUGUUAAAUUUGACAAACUUUCACUCAAAUAUAAAUGUUUCAAUAAACUAG